AUGGCUUUCCGUUUACUCGUGAACACGAGUCUCCUGGCCAUCCCCAUUGGGGGCGCCAUCGGCACAUUGCUGGGAAUCGAUGCCUCGAGAUCUGCCGCUGGCAAGCCUCCUCUGUUCACCGGCGACUCCAAUUCGAACGUUGGGAGCGGAGGGAGCGGAGGGGGCAGCUCGGGCGGCGGUGACAGCACCGGCGGCGGCUCAGGAGGCCAUGGUACCACCACCAAUGACGGUGUCACCAAUACCGAAUACUGCUAUAAGGCCUAUGGCAUCUCGCCGCCCUCUGAUGGCAAUCACUACACUCUGAACCCCAAUCAAUGGGGCGUGACUGGCGACACUACUCCGACUUCCUUCCUUUGCAUGAAUGUCACAACCUUCAACAAUGAAACAUACGCGACAAAACAAACCGCGCCCGCCUUUUCUGCGACUUGGCAAUAUCCUCAGGGCCCUGAAACCCAGCCUGUGCAUGCUUAUCCGAAUAUCAAUCUCGACGAUGUCGUGCCGGUAUCUCUGGACAGCGUGCAGGAAAUCAACCUCGAUUUCACCUGGACAUACAACGUCGGGAACACGCCUGCGCUAACCUCGCCCCCUGGUCUGCUCGAAAAUGACAACCCGCAAGACUUGGUUACCAAUGUUGCCUUCGAUAUGUUCUUCGAUGCCGACAAGCAGACGGCAACCAACAGUUCCACGGCCAAGCACGAAGUCAUGGUCUGGUUUGCUAUGAUUGGUCUGGGUGCCCAGCCCAUUGCAUACAACAAUAACCACCCAACGCAUACAAUGGAGGUGGACGGCGUUGAAUUUGACCUAUUCGCUGGAACCAACGGCGAAGGCCAGAACGUCUUCACAUGGAAGACCAGCACUAACAGGGAAAACUUUACUGGCGACAUUUAUCCAUUGAUCGAAUAUCUGUACGAACAGGACGGUGACAAAUAUCCUUCCAAGACGGACUACAUGGGCGUCUUCCAGUUCGGCUCUGAGGCCUAUUCUGCCUCCGAUAAUGUUACAUUCUCAGUGCCAAAGCUGACCAUUGACAUCAAGACUUGA